CCGGAGUUUCACGAGAAAUCAGCUUUAAUUCCUGGACAGGAAGACGGCCGAACACCACACAGGAACAAAAAGGACGAUCCGACACCAGACAAACAGAAGGAGACAGAUUAAAUACACAGGGGAACGAGACACAGGUGGAGACACAGGUGGAAACAAUCAGGGCGUGGCUGGAAACAAUCAGGAAAGAAACAGACAAGCACAGGGAGGGAAGAGCAGGGAAACAGGAAACAAGACUUUACUAUAGAUUACAGCUCACCAGUCGACAUGUAAUGUCUGGAGAAAUACGAGCCACCGAGAGCCAUUAAAGGCACAGUAACCUAGUUCAUGUUAGAAGCCCCUCAGACAUCAGGACGGAGGCUGUCUCUUUAACAAAACCGAAAGCAGAACAGUGAGAAUGCUCGGCACCCUUUUUCUUGCUGAGUUCACUUACACUUCUCGAUCAUCCACACUGUGUGAUCACUCUUUGUUAUAUAUUUGGAAUUUACUAGAUCAUGAGCAGAUGAUGGAGCCAAUGUAUUCUCCUGCGACUGCAGACAGUUUGUUACUGCCUGACCCACCGUGUCCCUCUAUUCCCUCACUGGGAGAUGGUGAGUGUUACCACGUCUUCAUCAGCUACAGCAGCACCGACUCCCGGUGGACCCACUCCCUCAUCGACCAGCUGGAGUCCUGCGGCUUGCAGGUCUGCUACCACGAACGUGACUUCACUCCCGGCCGCACCGUGUUGGAAAACAUGUCCGACUGCAUCCAGGAGAGCCAGAAGGUCCUGCUGGUUCUCAGCCAGGAGUUUGUGAGGAGCUGGUGUCUCCUGGAGGCCAACAUGUCUCUGUUCAGAGACUGCCUGCAGAGGAAGCCCAUCGUCCCGGUGCUGCUGGAGCCAGGAGUCUCUGUUCCUCUCCACCUCUGCCACCUCACCUACCUGGAGGCCGACGACCCGGACUUCAAGGACAAGCUGCUCAAGGUGCUGUGCACCCCCAACCAGCAGCUUCAAGGGUCCACUGUGGUGCCCUUCCAGCCUCCUUCUAUCUACAAUGGGAAGGCCCUGCAGCCUUUGAUUGCUGUCAAUGAAGAGGGACUCAACAAAUGGGAUUGUGGUCAGUUCAGUGACAUGGAGGUGCCGGACCAACUGCGUCUGAUCAUUCAGGACCACGAGAACUACAGAAAGGCUAUUCUUCAUCGAAAGAGGUGA